GUUAACUGCAGUUUGGUUAGUUUGCUGCAUCUCACCAACGAGGAGGCUGUGUCGCUCUGAGAUGCAUUUGUUUGUGUUUUUAAUUGAAAAUUAAAGAUUUUAAAGUUCAAAAAUGAUCGGAAGUGAUUAUACUUUGGAGUUGUGUAAUGUUUUCCAUUCGGGACAGGUCGAGCCUGGCAGCUUUUUCCAGCGGCUGACUGGUGGUGUGAAGACUGGAGUCAUCCUGAAAGAUGUCUCCUUCACGACACACAGUGGGGAGGUCACUGCCAUAUUGGGAUCAAAAGGCAGUGGCAAACGAGCCCUCCUGGACGUGAUAGCUCGCCGCGUGCCCUCGAAAGGCCACAUCUUGCUGGAGGGAGUGCCGCUGGAGGCUGACCACUUCAACAGCACCUGCGCGCUGGUGCGACACAACACACGACUGUUGCCAGGGCUGAGUGUGCAGCAGACACUCAGCUUGUCACUCACUAAGGUUUCAGGAUAUUUGAAAUCAUCGAAAGUGAAACAAGUAAUGGCUGAUCUAGCUCUGUCUAACGUUGCUCACAAAUGCGUGACGAAUCUCACAAAGAGUGAAUACAGAAGAUUGGUUAUUGGUGUUCAACUAAUCAGGGAUCCGAUAAUUUUACUGCUUGACGAACCGACCUGGGACCUGGAUCCGCUGAACACGUACCUGGUGAUAUCAAUACUCUCUAAUGCUGCGAAGAAGUACGGUACCGACAUCAUACUCACCAUGGAGAAGCCUAGAUCAGAUGUCUUCCCAUUUCUGGACCGCGUCGUGUACCUAUGUCUCGGAGACGUGGUAUACGCUGGUCCUACAAGAAACCUCCUGGACUACUUCGGCAGCAUUGGCUUUCCAUGCCCGCAGCUGGAGAACCCAUUGAUGUAUUAUUUAUGUCUAUCAACGGUGGACCGAAGAUCACGGGAAAGGUUUAUAGAAUCCAACCACCAGAUAGCAGCACUGGUGGAGAAGUUCAAGCUGGAAGGCCAAGGCAUAAUGCAGGGCAAUCUACACGAGAACAAUCGCAUUGUGAACCCCAACAAGAUACAAAUGAAUUAUGGAAAGCCGGGAGGGCUACAGGUCAUAUGGAUGUUGUAUUUAAGAGUAGGAACAGGGUGAUUUUUAGUCAGUAAGAUGUUCAUGAGAUUGUUCAGUCUACCGCUGUACUUCUUUAUAUUGUGGAUAUUCUACAAUGAAGCCAAGGACUAUCAAAGAGCUUUCAUCACGAAGAGUGGUCUAAUCUUUAACGCCAUGGUGGGGACCUACUUCAUCAGUAUUAUGAACACGAUUUGUUUAUAUAGUCCAUACCGCACCCGUUACUAUCAAGAGUCGCAAGAAGGUCUGUACAGCGGUGCCAGCCUACUCCUGUCAUGGAACCUCGUCUCCCUGCCAUUCUCAUUCCUCAGCACUCUAGCUUCUGCAGCUGUUAUAUACCCGAUCCUGUCGGACAUAUCAGAGAACAUGGACUUCCUAUACUUCGCCCUAGCGUUGUGGUCGUGCUACGUGUACGCCGAGCAGCAAGCCAUGGCCGUGAUGAUGUUCGUGAAGAACGGGCUCGUCGCCGGCAUCGUCAACAUAUACAUCACUUGCAUUUAUAUCAUGCUGGCUAGCGGAGUUUUGAGGUCAUACAAAGGCUUCGAAGAAUGGCUAUACUACUUAACGUACAUCACACACACGCGAUACGCUUCCAUCUUCAUGCAUCGCAACGUGUUCAAGCAGCCCACCUUCAACAUACUCCCGUACAGCGAUCAGGAAAACUGCACGUCAACCAUAUCUAGUCUUUUACAAACCUCCUCUAAUUCCAAUACAAAUUCGAAUGCGAACUGCCGAUAUGCUAGUGGCAAAGCUUUCCUCACUGAGCGAUUUACGUCCAAGAGUUUCAAUGGGGACCUAUACACCGCUGGUGACUUCAAUCCUGAAUUUAACUUAGGUGUAUCUUUCGCCUUCUCCCUUGGUAUAAUGGUGUUCAAUAAGUUCUUGUAUCUAAUGCCCCUGCCUGGUUAUAUCACUGAUAAGUUUAGAGAAUAAGUUAAAAGUGUUAUCGGAGAUUAUAUUGAAUCGGCAGUCCGUCCAAUUUUUGAUCAUGUAAAUUUUAUUUGUUAGUUAUUAAAGUAUUGUAAUAAAUAAUUGUAUUUGAAAAUUUGAUUUUAUUGAACUAUUGUUCAAAAUUAUUGCCAUUGCUUAAUGGGAAGUAAGUGCAAAACGAAGUAUCCUUGAAUUGCCUAAAUAGUGAUAAAUAACGAAUCACUGAGUUGUCAUUUUGCGCCGUAAAACCAUUGAAUAGGUACCUACUAUAAAAGUUAUACAUUAAAUUAUGUCCAAAAUAUGCACCUUUACGCAGUAUCAAACGAAAUGUAAAUUACAUUGUAAUAAAAACCUUAUUAAUUCUUCAUAAGAUACAUUUUAUUAACUUACACUUACAUAUCACGCACUACUUAAAAAAACACGUAAAAAUUAUGGUUGAUUGUCUCUAGCCAAUACUACUAAGAUCAUUGGUAAAAAAUAUUUUAUUAUUGAAUAUUAUAUUAUUGUUUAUGGACUAUAUUGUAUGAAAAAUGAUUAUCGAAUAUCAUGGGUUAUAAAAAAUCUUAUAAAUGUAUGAAUCAAAGUAUCUAAACAUUUAUUUCAGAUAUUAAAAUAUGCUUUGUGUAAUGCAUAAACCGCUCCCUAUAUGAUGGGAGUAUUUCAUAGGCUAGUAUCAUUAUACACACACAUAUACACAUAAACAAUAUACAUGUAUUUCUCCCACACAUUAUCAGCACUUUAAAGUGUUACCAUUUUAAUAAAAUUGUUAGGUAUUCUAUUAUUAAAAUCCAUCUAGAUUUUCAAUUUCAUUGUUCUAAGUACCUAACCCCACUGUUUUGUUAUAAAAUGUCAACUCAUACUGGGUGUUCGAUACCACAAUACUUUAAAAAUAUAAUCAGGAAGACGUCAACUCACUCAACCAGGAUAACUUGAAACUACGGUCAAUCCAUCGGUUUCUAUGUAUGUAUAGUUGUUGUAAAAUUGUGUACUUUUUCUAUGACAGUCUUUCAGUUUUUGGAUACUAAUACAUACCUAUUACAUUGAGGAUUAGCUUUUUUAUGUCCACUAGGUGGCGUUAGUGAAGUUUUUGGU